AUGUUCUCCUUCCUGUCCUCUUAUCCCGAGGUGGAUGCUGCAAAGCUGGAUGGGAACACGUACGACUACAUCGUCGUCGGAGGCGGCACAGGAGGAUGUGUGGUAGCAUCCCGCCUCUCAGAAGACCCCAGCGUCUCGGUGUUGGUUGUCGAGAGGGGCCGAGUGGGCGACAUCCUUCUCUCGCGCAUUCCGCUCCCCAGCCAGGCGAUCUUGGAUGGCCAGAGCAGACAGGUCGUGGACGACCACUUCACUGAGCCCAUCCCCAACGCCAACGACUACAGGGCGAGGCUCUGGACCGCUCGUGGGCUCGGUGGUGCCUCGCGCCUCAACGCCAUGAUCCUGACCCGCGGGCCGCCUGCUGACUAUACCUCCUGGGCCGACGAGGGGCUCGACGAGUGGUCAUGGGAGCAUGUGGAGCCGUAUUUUCGAAAGAUCGAGAACGCUGUUGCACACCCGAACUCGAAGGCCAGAGGGCAUGAAGGCCCGAUCGAGUGCAGGCAGUUUGAUGUGCAAUUCGAAUGGGGAAAAUAUCUCGAGAAAGCUGCACAGGCUGUGGGGCUGCCCCUGGUAAACGACGUCAAUGACCCCUCAGCACCCGCCAUGGGCUUCUACCGCGCCGAUCUGGCGAUAGACAGUGCUGCGCGCAGGAGGACCGCCUACCAUGCCUAUCUCAAUAAGAAGAUCGCCCUUGAGCGACGUGGCCACCUGACCGUCUGCACAGGGACGGUGGCCUCGCGCCUAGAUGUGGACGGCGACGCAGGUGUCGUCCGGGGCGUCUACCUGCGCCCUGUGAAGAGAGCAGGUCCAGGGAGAGGUGGAGGAACCAAGAGCGGAGACGUCUAUGUGAAGGCAAGACGCGAGGUGAUCGUCUGCUGUGGUGGGCUUAUCACGCCACAGGUGCUGAUGCUCAGCGGUCUGGGCCCGAAACAGCAGCUCGAGCAGCACAGCAUCCCCGUGGUCCGGGACCUGCCCCAGGUCGGCGCAUCCCUGGCUGACCACUACGCCAUCCCCGUGCAGCUCGACGUGCCCCUCAAGGAAUCCGUCCACCUGUUGACAACGGCGCUCUACGGCCUGUGGCACAUGCUGCUCUGGCUCCUCCUUGGCGUAGGUCUCCUGCGUCACGGCUCCAACGUCAACACCAUCUUCGUGCGCAGUGGCGCCCUCGACAACGCGACCAUGACGGUGACAGCGCGUGAUCCGGACUCCAACGAGGACAACAUGGAUGUCACCGCGGUGCGCAACGUUCCGGACAUCGAGAUCAUGAUCAUGCCCUGCAAUUGCUUCAAGCGGCCCAUUUAUGAGCCCUUCCUCACCUUCUACGCCUGCCUCGUCCAGCCCUUCUCCAAGGGCCGCGUCGAGCUCGCUGACGCUGACCCGCUGACGCUGCCCAAAGUCACUCACCCCAUGCUGCGUGACGAGCGGGAUUUCCCACUCGUCCGUAAAGCUGUCCGCUUCGCCAUGCGCCUGGCCGAGGCGUUUCAGAACUCGGGAUACCCAUAUCCUACGCCGCUGGCCUUUGCGCCGGGGAACAGACCAGACCGUCUUGCCGAGUUCGAGCUGACGAGGAAUGACCCAGACUCAGUGACGGCGGCCACAACUAAGACCGACGGCCGCACGUGGGCGACAGUCACAGACGACGAGAUCGACGACUACAUCCGUACAGUAGCCACCACAAGCCUUCAUACAUCCUGUACCUGCGCCAUCUCGCAAGACGCGCAGUCGGGCGUUGUCGACCAGCACCUGCGCGUGCACGGGGUGCGCAACCUGCGCGUAGCUGACACGAGCGUGUUUCCGCGCAUGCCCAGCUCGCACACAAUGUUGCCUACCAUCAUGGUCGGGGAGAGGUGUGCGGAUUUCAUCAAGGAGGAGUGGGGGCCUGGUGGGAAGAGCAAGAAGACGGUGUAG